AUGCUUCAAGGCGGAGAAGCCCGCGUCAAUUGGUAUAUUCUACAGUUCCGGAAAUUUCGGAAGAGACGGCAGAAGCACCGGAGUGCGCUUGUGAAGCAGCUCCAGUAUGUCCGGCAGGGCCACCGGGUCCUCCCGGAUUACCUGGAGAUGAUGGUCUACCGGGCGAACAAGGGCAAGAUGCUGGGCCCCCAGGCCCAAUCGGUCCUGAUGGACCGCCAGGCGCCGCGGGACCAGCAGGAAAUCCUGGGGCUGCAGGCCCUGUAUCUCGGCCAGGUCCCGCCGGGCCACCAGGGCCAAAAGGGCCAGACGGUCAACCAGGCCAAAACGGCCGCCCCGGUCCAAACGGUAUGCCCGGCCUGCCUGGUAGUCGUAUCCGAAACCAACCGGGUUCACAAGGCCCUCCAGGAGAUCCCGGAAUGCCCGGCGCUCCGGGGAACUCGGCUUUUCCGAUUGGAGAAGCUGCACAAGGAGCGCCAGGGCCGCCCGGCGCACCAGGUAAGAAACCCGGGCGUGAACGGUAUCGACGGGGCGCCGGGAGAACCAGGAGCUGAUGCUCUACCCGGUCCCGAUGGCGCAUACUGCCCUUGUCCACAGAGAAGCAUCGGCUUGGCAGAUAUUGUGCGUCGAUCCUUUGAAGAUGUUCCAACCCCGCCUCCACUUCCGACCACGACCCCCAGAAUCCAUAGAUGGAGACCAGAGAUUGUCAAACACGUCUAUCGCUUCGACGUCCACAACACGUUACCU